AUGAGCGGUUCCGGCUCGAUCCCGGUCACGCCGGACGAGGUGCGCUCCGACAGCGACCUCGACGGGCCCGUCUCCCCCGGCUACGAGUCCUCCGAAGCCAGCACGCCCCUCGACGAGGCCUCCGACCCCUCCUCCGAACCCUCGCUAGACAAGCCCAAACGCAUGCCGUCCCUGCGCUCCGUCUCCGAACCCCAUCAUAACAUGAACCCCAACUCGACGCCCCGCGGCGUCCUCGGCAUGGCCAGGAAUCCCGUCCCCAUGGGGUCGCCCUUCGCCGCCGGUGCCGGUGCCGGUGCCGCCGCUGGCAUGGACAACAGCGUCAUGGCCAGGGCCCGCGCCCUGCACCAGCACCGCAUGCAAAAGGGCAUGACGCCCAACUCCAGCUCCCCCACGUCCCCCGCGCCCGGCGGCCCCAUGGCCGGCCACAACGGCUUCCCGGGCACCCUCCGCAUGCCCCCGAACCUGCAACGGCCCGGCCCGGUGCCGCACGCCAACUCGGCACCGUCGACCACGGGGCAGUCCCUCAGCCAGCGACGAGCCAACAAGCUGGGCAUGGGCAUGAAGCUCUCCGACAUGGGCGGCGCCUCGCCAUCCCCCGGCGGGUUCAAGCUCUCGGACAUCACCGGGAGUAAACCCGGCGAGCCAAAGGCUAACGGCUCCGGCCAGGGUUCCAAGCUCGACGACUACAAGCAGUACAUUGACGCCGAGAAGGGUUGGAUAACCUUUGACGGCGCUGCCACAAUCACGAGGACAGGCGUCAACUUUGCCAACGGCCAGACCUUUAGCAUCUCUCUCGACGAAGUGGAAAAGCUCGACGAGCUGGGCAAGGGCAACUACGGUACGGUCUACAAGGUCAGGCAUGCCAAGCCCGCCGUCCCACGGUUCGGCCAGGGUCUGUCGGGUGCUCGCCUGCAGCAUAGGCCGUCGGAUGCUUCACAGGGGAGCACGGCAGACGACGCCAGCGGCGCCGACGGCACCACAGGCAAGGUCAUGGCCAUGAAGGAGAUUCGGCUCGAGCUGGACGACGCCAAGUUCACGACCAUUCUCAAGGAGCUCGUCAUCCUGCACGAGUGCGUGUCGCCAUACAUCAUCGACUUCUACGGAGCCUUCUUCCAGGAGGGCGCCGUGUACAUUUGCAUCGAGUACAUGGACGGCGGCUCCAUCGACAAGCUGUACGACGGCGGCAUUCCCGAGAGCAUCCUGCGCAAGAUUACAUACUCGACGGUCAUGGGCCUCAAGACGCUCAAGGACGACCACAACAUCAUCCACCGCGACGUCAAGCCGACAAACGUGCUCGUCAACACCAGGGGCCAGAUCAAGAUAUGCGACUUUGGCGUCAGCGGCAACCUCGUCGCCAGCAUAGCCAAGACCAACAUUGGCUGCCAGAGCUACAUGGCACCCGAGAGGAUAUCGGGCGGCGGCAUGGCGCAGUCGGGCAACGCGGACGGCACCUACAGCGUGCAGAGCGACGUGUGGAGCCUAGGCCUGACCAUCAUCGAGUGCGCCAUGGGCCGCUACCCCUACCCGCCCGAGGUGUCGUCAACCAUUUUCAGCCAACUCAACGCCAUUGUCGAAGGCGACCCGCCGGAUCUGCCGUCCGAGGGCUUCUCGGACGCGGCCCGCGACUUUGUGCGCAGCUGCCUGCACAAGAUCCCCAAGAAGCGGCCGACGUACGCCAUGCUGCUGCAGCACCCAUGGCUCAAGCCGUUUUCGAAGCCGCAGACCAUCACCGAGGAGGCCGAGGAGGGCGAGGAGGCCGAAAAGGUGGCCGAGGCGGUCGGCAAGAUCCAGCUGGGCGGCGGGACCGAGGACGACGAGGUGGCCGACUGGGUCAAGGGCGUGCUCAAGCGGAAGCAGGAGCGCUCGGGCACCGGCGGACCCUCUCGACCGGCGCUGCACGCGGCGCCGCUCGACUCGGUGAGCCCCCUCGGGAGUCCACUGCUGCAGAAGUCUGUCGGAGAGUUUUGA